AUGGAGGCGGCCGCGCUGCCCGCCGCGCUGCCCGCCGCGCUGCAGCUGGCGGCCAGCGGGGACACGGGGCUGAGCCUGGAGAAUCGGGCGGCGCUGCAGGCCUCGCUGCUGCUCCUGCAGCGCGACUACCGCUUCGAGAGGGUCUGGUUCUGGGGCUGCAUCCAGGGCGUGCGCGGCACCUACUACAUCGCGCAGGGGCUGGGCCCCGACCUCGCUGCGCCUCGCAGCCGCCUCUACAGCUUGAACUGUGCGGAGUGGAGCCUCCUGCCGCCGGCGACCGAGGAGAUGGUGGAACAGGCCGAGCUGCUGAAGGGCCGCUUCCAGGGGGAUCCGUCUUUUGAGUACGAGUACGCCGAGGUAAACGCAGAAGAUGACGAAAAUUUCCUGGAUGAGGGUAAGGAGCUCACAAUCAAGGAGGAGAAUCGCCUUGUAGCUACGAUAGAACAGAUAGACAGAGCAGUUGGUAUCAUCCCCCGACGUGCACUUACAAAGACUCCUCUUGGGUCUGUGCAUGAAAACAGAAGCUUUGAAGGUCUUUCCUUGACGGAGGCAAAAAAAUUAAGUUCCUAUUUCCAUUUUACUGAGCCUGUUCACUUGAAGAAUAAAACUCUGCUGGAAAAGGCUGACUUGGACCCAUCCACUGACUUUCUGGACUCUCUGGAAUAUGAUGUCCCACAAGGCUCCUGGACUGUCCAGCUUGAGAAGGGAUGCACUGUAGUGGUGUUGAGAAGUCUGCUGUGGCUUGGACUGACAUUCUACCAUGUCCCAAAGACCAAGCAAUAUGGCUACAUCUACUGUGGCACUGGUGAGAAGAACUUAGAUCUGCCUUUCAUGCUGUGAAACACUUCUCUGGGAUGAUCAUUCAAAAAGAUUUAGAAUUUAUAUUUGGGAGAUUUAUAGCUUAUUCUAAUAAACGCGUGAAACCUC